CGUAUUUUUUCCAGUUAAUAUACGUUGCGUUGCUGAAGAGCUGACGCACUGGAAAGGCUAUGAGGAAAUAACAGAAAAAAUGUACAAAUUAUCUGAAAAUGUUUUACAAAAAGCUGUAGAAAUGUUUGAAUCACACGAAGAGGGUUUUCGAGUUUUCAAUUUAGCAGACAUAUGGGUUGAUAAUUUGAUGUUUCACAUAAACAAUGAAACAAAAGAACCAGAUGAUGUCGUUAUGCUGGAUUUUCAACUUUCAUACUAUGGCUCACCAGCUACAGACCUCAACUAUUUUCUCUUUGGUUCCGUUAACGAAAAUGUACGUAAGGUACAUUUUAAAUUUAUUAUCAGAGAAUAUCAUCGCGUUUUGAAAGAAACACUUGAAAAACUGAACUAUACCGAACAUAUACCAACUCUAAAAGAAAUCAAUAUAGAACUAAUUAAAAAUAGCUUACAAGCCGUUAUUGCUGCCACUUGUCUGACACCUAUUAUUUUGAUGGAUGCAGGUGCCAUAACCAAUUUGGAAAACUUAUUUACACGAUCGGAAGAGGGGGAUCAGAUCCGUCGCCAAAAUGUGGAAAACCCAAAAUAUCGUGCCUUUCUGCAACGUACAGUUAAAGAAUUUGAGUUGAAUGGUUUUCUUGAUAUAUGAGAAGCACAACAAUAUAUAAUUUUUAAAAACUAUUUCCAAGACAAAUGAGUAAUGUAAAAUUUUCUUACUUGUAAUUUCUUCAAUUACAUUCAACUACAAAGAUUAGUUUUAUUUCCAUGAUUUGACAGUUGAAGAUCAUAUAUCGGUAAUUAAGGACCACAAAACGUGAAAUAUAUACAUAACGUGAUAUAUAUACAGAAUUAAAAACAAAUUUCUUGAAGUUUUAAAAUUAAAACAAAUUUCAAAUAAAUAUCAAAAUAUAAAUAAUGUAUGUACAUAUAUAUAUUUAAUAGAUCAAUAAAACACUAUUCUAUCUUAAGAAGAAUUAAA